AUGAGCGGCGCGGGCGCGGCGGCGUCAUCGGCCGGCUCGGCGCCGCCUGCGCAGGACGAUGGCAUGACGUGGUGGUACCGCUGGCUGUGUCGCCUGUCAGGGGUGCUGGGGGCCGCGUCCUGCGCCAUCUCCGGCCUCUUCAACUGCAUCACGAUCCACCCCCUCAACAUCGCGGCUGGCGUGUGGAUGAUCGUGAACGCUUUCAUCCUCCUGCUGUGUGAGGCGCCCUUCUGCUGCCAGUUCGUGGAGUUUGCGAACAUGGUGGCUGAGAAGGUGGACCGGCUGCGCUCCUGGCAGAAGGCUGUCUUCUACUGCGGGAUGGCUGUGGUCCCCAUUAUCAUCAGUCUGACACUGACCACGGUGCUGGGCAAUGCCAUCGCCUUUGCCACGGGUGUGCUUUACGGACUCGCUGCUCUGGGCAAGAAGGGAGACGCCAUCUCCUACGCCAGGAUCCAGCAGCAGAAACAGCAGGACGAGGAGAAGCUCACGGGGACCCUGGAGGGCGAGUUGUGA